AUGUGCUAUCAGACCAAAGUCAGCUACAUCUGCCGCCACUCGCUCCGAGCGCCCCUGGUGCUCUGCUACAGGUGUUAUCCGCACACCAUCUCCAAGACCCUUGUCAACCACCCAACACUCUGCCCAUCCUGCUCGAACCUCAGCAGCGGGAUCCUCUCGAACGCAUAUGUCUCGCAACUCUUCUACCACCCGCAGGUCAUCUACACCCCACAGACCCUGCCCCACUUCUCCUAUGUCCCAGCCGUCAGCUACUACCCCGCCCAACAUCCACAGCAGACGCGGUACGCCGCAGCUCCACAGCCGACUCCCGGCCCAGGCUCAAACGGAGCGCCACUCCCCGUGUCCGCGGCCGCGACGAGUGAGGAUAGGAUGGAGCUCGUAGGGGCCGGCGUCUCAGGAACCGCCUUCCCCGCCUCCCCCGCCUCCUCCGCCUCCUCCGCCGCCGCCGGGAGCGGACAGGGGGUGGAAUCCAGUGCACGGGAUGGACACUGGUGCGUUACCGCCGGGCUGGGCGCCGGGGGGUCCGACAUCGAGAUCGAUAACUCAAAUACCGGCCCUGCGCCGGCUCGGAACGAUGGGGAUGGAGGUGGGAGGUCAAGCUCUGCGAGCGGUGCUGUUUCGGGAUCAAAUAAUGGAUGGGGCAGUGCAUCGGCUACUGGAUCAGUUACUGCGUCUUUGGAGCCGACGGGAACUGGUAGCGUGGCUGCGACUGUAGGAAAUAAUAAUGUCGCUGCUGAAAACGCCGGCGCGGGAUCCUUGGUAUCGAUGGCGAGUUCAACGCUUAACGCGCUGACGGAGGCGAACACAACUGCUAACACGGGGAGGGCCGCGAGGCGGAGUAGUGUUUGA